CCUAAUUCUAUAAGCGUUGUUGUCUGUUUACUUCACUCCUGAACAGUUCCUAGUUUUCCAUCAUUGGGUUUGCUGGAAACGGACUAAACUUCGGGGUUUGGCUCCUCUUUUCCUCAAUUUCUUUGAUUGGAGCCAUUAGUUUCUGGGCGAGUUUUGGGAAUUAUUCAAGAUUUUGAACUUUUCUCACAGUUACUCGUCUCAAAAUUUUUAUCAUUCUGGGUUGAAGUUGCUUCAAGUGCAGAACAGACCAUGCUGGUUUGCAGUACUCAAAAUCCGAUUUACUUGCAAUUUUCCUCAAUUGGGGAAAAGCAGAUUGGGUUUAGCAAAUUAGAUUCUUUGUCAGUCGUUGGGGGUUCAAAAUGUAGAUUAUCUUCCUCGCAGAAGGCUACAGGGCUCACUGCUUUUAUAGAAAAGGUAGCUGGCAUAUCUCUGGUCUGUUGUUCCCGUAUGCAAAUUGGGCGGCCUUCAAAUUAUUCCAAGGCUGUUGAGAAGAAAAUUACGAGGAAAGUUAGUAAGAAAGAGCACCACUUAUGGACUAAAAGAGAUUCAGCUGGAUCUGGGCAAAAGGCAUUGAAUCUGGUUCAAAUUGUUUCUGGGCUUCCAAAUGAGAAAGGAGCUGCUUAUGGUGCGUUAGACAAGUGGGUAGCUUGGGAAGCAGAAUUUCCAUUAAUUGCUGCUGCUAAGGCUCUACGAAUCUUGAGGAGGAGGAAUCAGUGGAUUCGAGUGAUCCAAGUUUCCAAGUGGAUGCUGAGCAAAGGUCAAGGAGCCACUAUGGGAACAUAUGACAUCCUUUUACUUGCAUUUGAUAUGGAUGGAAGGGUUGACGAAGCUGAAUCAUUAUGGAAUAUGAUUUUGCAUACACAUACACGUUCAAUAUCAAAGCAAUUGUUUUCUAGGAUGAUCUCCUUGUAUGAUCAUCAUAAUAUGCCAGACAAGAUAAUAGAGGUGUUUGCAGACAUGGAGGAGUUAGGUGUAAAGCCAGAUGAAGAUAGUGCGAGGAAAGUUGCACGUGCCUUCCAAAACCUUGGUCAAGAAGACAAUCAGAAGCUGGUACUGAAAAAGUACCAGAGUAAAUGGAAAUACAUCCAUUACCAGGGUGAACGGGUUAGGGUGAAAAGAGAUCCAUGGGGUGAAAAAUCUUUCGGGCUUUCACCAUAACAAAUCAGAGUUUCAUUCAUGCUAUCCAAUGUUAGUAUCUUGCUCUGAAUGGUGCUUGCUACAAGAUUCUGUACCAUUGCUUGGGCUUGCAGUGACUAUUAUAGACACAGAUUGAUCAACCUGAGGCCUUAUCAGUGGAAGGAAAUCGACUUAGCUGUAUGGUAUUAUUUCAUUUGUUCAUCCCAUCCUUCUGAUAUUCCUGACAAAGGACACAUCAUGUCCAGGGCUGGAAAAAUGAGAUGCACUUGUGGACAAAGAUGGUUACCAAUUGGGUGAUUGUAUAGUUACUUAGACCUUAUUUUGCAACUGGAGGCAAAUUCAACAUAUGGAUUGACAUGGUGCCAUUGUAGCCUAAUCGUUUGUCUUUG